AUAUUUUUUAAUUUUGAAAAUUAAUUUUAAAUAUUCCUAUUAUAGAAUGUCACAUUAAAAUAGAUAUCCUUGCUGGAAAAGAAAUCAUACGUCUCAUAGAGGUAUAGUUCUGGAAGUGCUAAUUGAGGCCAGGGAAAUAUCACAUAAUUUGAGACUCAGUAGGACACAGUGAAGUCCUUUGUGGUAGGAAGGAGCUGAGUAGUUUCUAACAUUAGGAAUGUAGUGGCUUAACAUGUGACGGGAUAUGAGCACAGGAUAGAUCAUUUACAGAUUUUUUUAGGUCAUGAAGGAUCUGUGUGUGUUAUCUUAAAGGCAAUGAGAAACAUCAAAAAGUUCUUCUUAAAAGAUGUCUUGGCAAACCUCAGUGUACUUUUAGGUCUGGUAAGCCUACAGGCGUCAUGUACCUAUAAUAGCUAACAAGUUCGGUCAAAUUCCAGAAAUGUGUGAUACUUUCCCUAACAUUCUCUAUAGAACCUUGACUUUUUGUUUGUUUGUUUGUUUUUGAGACAGAAUUGCAUUUGCUGUGUAGUCCAGGCUGGAUUGUAACCCACAGUCCUCCUGAGUCUUGAGAUUACAGUUGCAUGUCACCAGUCUUGCUUAACUUGUUUGUUUUGGAAUGCUAACACCUGAAGCCAGGGCUUUGUGCAUAAUAUAUAUUAGUAUUUGGCUAAACCAAGCACUUAAAGGAGUCCGAGAUCGCCAUGGGAAUGCGAUAGAAAAUGCUCAUCUUCUCACGUUGUUCCACCGGCUCUGCAAACUCUUGUUUUUUCGUAUUCGCCCUAUUUUUGUCUUUGAUGGUGAAGCACCACUGCUAAAGAAACAGACCCUGGCAAAGAGAAGGCAGAAGAAGGAUUCUGCAUUCAUUGACUCAAGAAGAACUACAGAGAAGCUUCUCAAAACCUUUCUGAAGAGACAGGCUCUGAAAACUGCCUUCAGAAGCAAAAGAAAUGAAGCACUACCCAGUCUUACUCAAGUUCAAAGAGAGGAUGACAUGUAUGUUUUGCCACCUUUACAAGAGGAAGAAAAACAUAGUUCAGAAGAGGAAGAUGAAAAACAAUGGCAAGCAAGAAUGGAUCAAAAGCAAGCUUUGCAGGAAGAAUUCUUUCAUAAUCCUCAUGCCAUAGAUAUCGAGUCUGAGGACUUCAGCUGCCUGCCUCCAGAAGUAAAGCAUGAGAUCUUGACUGACAUGAAAGAGUUUACCAAGCGAAGACGAACAUUGUUUGAAGCAAUGCCAGAGGAAUCUAAUGACUUUUCACAGUACCAGCUGAAAGGCUUGCUUAAGAAAAACUACCUAAACCAGCACAUAGAAAAUGUUCAAAAGGAAAUGAACCAGCAGCACUCAGGGCAAAUUCAGAGGCAAUAUGAAGAUGAGGGAGGCUUUCUGAAGGAGGUGGAGUCAAGGCGAGUGGUCUCUGAAGACACCUCCCAUUACAUCCUGAUAAAAGGUAUUCAAGCUAAGAAAGUCAUGGAUGUGGAUUUAGGAUCUCUUCCUUCUUCCAGCAAAAUGCACAGUGUGUCCUUCGACCUGAAGUCAUCACCCCAUGAAAAAGUGAAGCCAGAGAAAGAGGUAGAGGCCACACCUCCUUCUCCAAGAACUUUACUGGCUAUUCAGGCAGCCAUGCUAGGAAAUAGCUCAGAAGAGGAGCCAGAGAGUGGAGAGGGAAGGCAAUCUAGGGAGAAAAGCUCUUCAGCCACUGCUGGUGCAGGCUCCAUAUCCCCACACACCCUUGCAGCUAUUCAGAGAGCUCUGGGUGAUGAUAAAGAUGGAAAAGUGUGUGCCAGGAGUGAUGAACUGGCAGUAAGAACAGUGCUUAGAAAUAAUCCAGACCAGGAGCACACUGAUGGAGUUGUAGUAAGAAGUGGAGACAUGCCAUUAACCACAGUUCCUCCUUUACCCAGUGAAACUGUGGUAAAGGAGUGUAUGGCCAGUUCCAGCAGUGAGGAAAAACAGAUAGCUUAUUCCUUUAGUACUGCUUGUCAUCAGUGUGAUACUCCAAAAGAAGAAAUGCCACUUAUUGAUGUGGUGAAUGGAGACUCUCAGAUAAAUCAUGAAUGUGAGGUUGAGAGUAGACAAGCUCCCCUUCCGUCAGCAUCCACAGAAGUUACCUGCAGUUAUUCCUCUGGGAACCUCAAUGCAAGGAAAUUGACCCUGGAGCCUCCAAUAAGAAUAUAUUCUGAUCAGAGGAUGGGCACACUUCCUGAAGAGCCUGAGAUGCAAAAAGGUCUUUACCCACCUGAGAAUAAGUGUGAUUCCUCCCAUCUUUCAAGUAAUGAUGAAACAGAAGGUGGACAAAAUCCUGCUUCUAAAGCGUGGACUAUCGUUCCUGUCCCGUCAGAGGCAAUGGGUAACCUAGAACAUGCAUUAUCUUCUAAUUCUGAAGAACAUGGAGAUUUCCUGAAAACCAUCCAGCAAAGGGAGAUGCCUGAAGCUGCUGCCAGAGAGUUUAUUUUGGUCCCAAGUCCCAUGGGACCAAUGGAAGUGGAGUCUGAAGAAAGUGAGUCUGAUGGAAGUUUCAUUGAAGUGCAGAGUGUGGUCAGUGAUCGUGAACUUCAAACAGAGUCGGAGGCUUCUGAACAUCUCUUUGAACAACAUGCAGAGGAACCAAGGAGACCUCUGGAGGAAGAAACCCCUCCGGACACAGAAUGCCUCCUGUGGGACAGUUCUGACAGUGAGGACUUGGCUAUGGAACAACACAGGAAAGCUGACAGAGAUGCUGAGGACUCGCCCAACGAAUGGGAAGAUAUUAAUUUGGAAGAACUAGAAACCCUGGAGAAUAACCUCUUAGCGGAACAGAAUUCACUGAAAGCUCAAAAGCAGCAGCAUGAUCGGAUCGCUGCCUCCGUAACAGGCCAGAUGUUUCUGGAAAGCCAGGAACUCUUGUGCCUGUUUGGCAUUCCCUACAUCCAGGCUCCCAUGGAAGCAGAGGCGCAGUGUGCCAUCCUAGACCUCACUGAUCAGACUUCUGGAACCAUCACAGAUGAUAGUGAUAUCUGGCUGUUUGGAGCUCGCCAUGUCUAUAAGAAUUUUUUUAACAAAAACAAGUUUGUAGAGUACUACCAAUAUGUGGACUUUCACAACCAAUUAGGACUAGACCGGAACAAAUUAAUCAACUUGGCUUAUCUACUGGGCAGUGAUUAUACUGAAGGGAUCCCGACUGUCGGUUGUGUAACAGCCAUGGAGAUUCUCAAUGAAUUUCCUGGACAAGGCCUGGACCCACUCCUAAAAUUCUCAGAGUGGUGGCAUGAAGCUCAAAACAGCAAGAAGAUUGCAGCCAAUCCCCACGAUACCAAAGUUAAAAAGAAAUUACGGAAGUUGCAGCUGACACCUGGCUUCCCCAACCCGGCAGUUGCAGAAGCUUACCUCAGGCCUGUGGUAGAUGACUCCAGGGGAUCAUUUCUGUGGGGCAAACCUGAUGUUGACAAGAUUAGAGAAUUUUGUCAGAGGUAUUUUGGCUGGAGCAGGACGAAGACAGAUGAAUCCUUGUAUCCAGUACUAAAGCAACUGAAUGCCCAGCAGACCCAGCUACGAAUUGAUUCCUUUUUCAGAUUAGCUCAACAGGAAAAACAAGAUGCCAAGCAUAUAAAGAGCCAGAGGCUGAGCAGAGCAGUGACAUGUAUGCUAAGGAAAGAAAGAGAAGAGGCAGUCAGUGAGCUGGAGAAAGAGAUUGACACCCUGGAUGAGGUAAAAGGAAAAACCCAGAAAAGACACCUACCAAACUCAAGAGAGACAUCAGUCCCCAAAAGAAGGAUGCCUUCAGGAAAUGGUGGAUUUUUAGGGGACCCCUACCUCUCUGAAUCACUCCAGGAGUCUUCAGGUGAGGAUGUAGAAGGUUCAUCUGUGAUGAGCACACGGCAGAGAAGAUCAACUGAGCCAUCAAAAGUCAGCUGCCCAAAUUUGCCCGAUUUAGUGAGAGAUUCUCAUAAGAGGGAUGACUGUAUGUCCACUAGCAGCUCCAGUGAGGAAGGUGGGGACAAAUCUAAGGAUGUUCUCGUGACUGCUAGACCUGUAUUUGGGAAGAAAAGGGGGAAACUAAAGAAUAUGAGGGGAAGGAAAAGGAAAACCUAAUGUUUAACAACCCAGUGAUUAGGAAAAACAGUGCUUGAAAUGAAUAUGUAUUGGGAACAUAUGAUUAAAU